GGAGUCCACAAACCACCGCCCCCCCAUUGUGAUAUUACAUCUGAAAGUUGUACUAAGGUUUCCUUGACACAAAAGCAAAGGAUCACAUAGCCCUUUUUGCACCACUUCAGUUAGUGAAAGAGCCUGUCCAGAUAUCAGAGCAGGCACAAAACACAUCUCUUAUAGUUAAGGUUGUAAACCAGCUUCUAUUUUAAACUUAAGGUGCCCAUGAGCCUUUCCUAGCCAUUAAUUUUCUCUAGUGAAGUGUUUUAGGAAAGCUUGCUAAAUGGAAGCAAUCAUGGUGGUUUUACACAAUGUAACAGGUUGUGGCCAUUCUGCUAUAGGCAAAAACAUUGAAUGCAGAAGAACUAUACAGGAAUCACACCAGGCAGACAUGGGAUAAUGAGUGAACUCCUGCACUGGAUCCCACAAGAUGCUAAGUGCCUUCAGCCAAUGCUAACCUCUCUGGAGCUGUGUGUGGUCAGCACAACACCCCUUUGAAAGUCCCUCAGUAGGAGGUUGAUCCAGUUUGCUACAGCGGGCAUUGUGCAGACUACCCACAGUACGGACAGUUUUGAGAAGCCAUAUAUCUAUCCCACAGCUGUAGGCCUGCUCGAUAUCCUGUACAGGAAGCUAGGUAGCUGCACUAGAGGGCUGUGCACACAGUAGUAUUCACAGUUACACGCUACAACUCUUCUCUCUUGACACAUUGAUUAAAAAAAAAAUAAUUUUCAACAAAAAAACUUCCCCAACCUGCCCUUGACCCUGCCUCUAACAGUAGAUUUACUUACCAGGGAAGUACUAAUAAAAGGUAGUUUGUGUUUCUUAAAACCUUUCUUGCCAAGAUUAGUUUCAACCAGGACCACAGCGAAGACGCUUUCUUAGACCCCCCCCGCAUCUUUCAAAGGGCCGAACACUCCAGUCUCCUCUUGCCUGCCUUGGUGGGGGCAGUAUCACAGUCCCUGGGCCCAUCUGCAAUGCUGCAGUGCAGACAUGCUCAGGAGUUCAGCUUUGGGCCCCGCGCUUUGAAGGAUGCCCUCAUCUCGACCAACCCUGCCCUGCAGGAGCUCUACACCAAAGCUUUCUCCAGUGCAGAGAAGCUGUUCCUCUCUGAAGCCUACAACCCCCAGAGGACGAUCUUCUGCACCCUGCUCAUCCGGACAGCCUUUGACUGGAUCCUCAGCCACCCAGAUGCCCCCGAGGACUUUGAAACCUUCUAUCACUCUAUGAUGAGGAGGAAGCAGAGUUUCUAUCGAAAGCACAUCUACCUGCAGCCUAUCGAUCUCACUGAAGGGUCUUCUGGGAUCUCACUGCUAGAUUCCCUUAGGAGCUGUGUUGAGUCUUUCUUCCUGGGCCUUCGGGUAAAGUGCCUUCCCUCCAUUCCCAUCUCGUCCAUUCGCUGCUGCUACCGACAAAACCAGGACUCAGACAGGGUGCAGCUUCACACAGAUGGGAUCCUGAACUUCCUAAAGAAUAACAAGCCCAUGGAUGCUCUCUGUGUCCUUGGACUCACACUCGUGGACCUGUACCCCUGUGAGACCUGGAGUUUCACUUUCAGCAAAUUUCUGCCAGAACAAGAAGUGGGAGUCUGCAGCUUUGCCAGAUUUUCUGGCGAUUUCCCCCAGGCAGGCUGUAGCGCCUUAAAUCCAGCCCUGCGGAGGGGAAAGUUGUGCGAGGUCACAGAGAAGACUGGAGACCGGACAUUGCUGUUCAGCAUGCUGGAGAUGGUCCAGUGUUGCAAGGUCAUGUGCCAUGAGAUCUGCCACCUGAUUGGCCUGGGGAACUGCAGGUGGCUGCAGUGCGUCAUGCAAGGCGCGCUGAGUUUGGACGAAGCACUUCUACGGCCCCUGGAGCCUUGUCCCAUCUGCCUCAGGAAACUGCAGUAUGUCGUGGGCUUCAAGCUCGUCGAGCGCUACCAGAAACUGUAUGCUUGGACACAAACUGUACUGUCAGCCUGGGCCACUCAGGAGCCAACAGACCUGUCAGCCUCCGAGGACCUCCUGCCAUUCAGCUCGGACUCAGGGAUGUGCUGCGAGAAUGACUCCGAAGCGGUCACUUCCCUGUCCGAGCCCCUAACCCCGGACACAUGCAGCCAGGCCCUCUCCAUUGGGCAGGAGCUGGAGCACGAUGAGCAGUCGUGUUCUCUGGCUGACACGCACAGCGAGCAGGAGCUGGACGGCACCACCAAGACCACAGACAUCAUCAAGGAAUACGAGCUGUGGCUGGAAAUGUGCAUUGCUGCCUUGGAGAGGAAUGUUUCUGAGGAGGAACUGGCCCAGGUGGACCAAGCUGUGGAUGCCCUUGCCAGGUGGGAAAUGUUUACAGGGCAACUUCCCACCAUGAAGAAGGACUUGCCCUUCACCAGGGACAGCGUAGGGUUGAGGAAAGUCCUUGGAGACAAGUUCUCGUCCUUGCGGAGGAAGUUGAGCUCCAGAAGACUGCCGAAGGGGGAAUCCUCUCCUCAUCACUGGAGAUGGGAGGAAAAUUAGCUGGGGCCUGACUUGUAUGUGCCCAUCUCUCUGUCCUUCUGGCUGGGAAAAGGCAGCCUGACUCCUCCGUUGCCUUUGAUUUAAGUUUUGUUUUGUUUUGUUAUUACCCUGCAUCAGAUCUUUCCCACCAGAAGUUACAUCUCACCAGAAUGAAGUGUUUCUUUUUCCCCCAAUGUGGAGUUCAGUCAGUCUGUCUAUCUCCAUCUCUAAGAGCUUGUCUGUAUGAGAGAGUAGCACUGGCUUAAUGUAAAGUGUCAAUCCAAACCUAUGACAGGUCCCAUGUGGAUGCUCCUACUUCAGUCUGCCUUAAGGUGGCUUGGAACAGGUUUAAGUUAAAACCAGCUUAAAAUACAUUCAUGUAAAGGUUUACACCAGUUGAGGGGAAAAAAAGGAGCAAGUUAAGCCAAUGCAAAACUCCAGUGUAAGGAAAGCGCCAAUCUACUUACUAAAAGCUUGAGCCAUACAAACAUGGCCAUGAUUUUUCAUCUCAUGUAAUGCCAAGUGUCCAUUUCCAGCCAGAUCUCUGAUCCAGAGGUUGUAGGAGCAGAGCUGAGGCUUUCUAACCACAGACCCAUAGAGUCCAGGUAGACAGCAGCAAGCAAGGUCUGGGAAGUCAGAUGGUAAUGGGCACUGGGUACAGCAAUAAGUAAAAACCACCACUGAUUAUCCAUCACAAACAAUGGCUUUAUGUUGGCUGCCACUUGGAUGACACACAGGGGAUCUCUAGGAGCCAGUACAGCCAAGAUUGUAGCCAUGAGCUGUAACAACUUCAACUUUUAUCCUCUGAGCAUUGGCACAGAGAGGAAUUCCUGACACAGUCACUGGUUACAUUUGCUUGCAGGGACUUUGCUUGCAGCAGCUGACACGUCAGCUCCUUCCCCUCUGGCCAAGGUCCCCAAGUCCGGUCUGAGUGCAUUUACUGAUAGGAAAACACUGCAGAACCUGCCUUUCAGUUGAUAGCAACUCUCCAGCUAUUUAUAGCUGGCUGCUCAUGAGGCUGACAGUUUUUCAAGCCUCGUAAUAGCAGGGGCUGGCCCUCUCCAUCAUGGUUUCCUUCUGAAUUCUGGCACUGAUAAUGCAGUCAUCAACUUACUCUUGGUGGCCAGACUUAGUAAUUUUAGAUCCAAAACAUCUAUUUAGUUUCCCGCUGCCCAAGACAAGCAAGCAGGUCAAACUGAGUCGCGAGACUCCCCCCUUCCCCCAGCUGAAAUGUUGGGCUUUAAUAAGGGCACCGAAAUACAGGCCCCAGCUUUCUCCAUGCAGCUGAAAACUGCAAAAACCAAGGAUUGCACUUUGUGGAAGAGGGCAGUGAGACAGCUUGCUCAUGCAGGUGACUGGAGAAGCCGGGGUGGCUUUUCCAAGACAAGCUUGAUCAAGGGCAGAUGUCUAACGAACAAAUUAAAGCCAGCACGGUUCAUAGAAAGAGGAAAAGGGGGCCGACUUCUACAAGACUAAUGAUGUCAAUGACUGGAAACGUUCCCGCCCUCUCCCCUCCCACAGCCCCUACAUCUGGAAUCCAUGUUAGGGGAAAGCAGCUGCAGCCGCCCCCUGCCGGCUCUGUAAACCCGAAUCGCUGGUUCACAAUUGCUUUUCAUCUCUCAGCUUUUUCAGAUCUACUGAAGCUUUUGAACAAAUCCUACAUGGACGAUAAACCUAGUUGCUGUCCGCAUCCUGUUCUCACCCUUUAAAACACUGUUACUAUUUUAAACAGGA